GUCAGUACUUUUUAUCGGACUCACUCAAAUAUUAAUAAAUUGGAGCUCACUCGAAUGGUAACAUUAGUCGUAAAUAGAGUUGUGAGCUAUCAACACGUGUUCCGGGUGUAUUUUGUAUAAUUAUUCCUAAUCGAUUUUUCUCACAAACAAUGCCUAUUGAUCUGUACCUGAAUCCUGGCUCUGCGCCCUGCAGAGCAGUGCUCCUCACAGUGAGAGCUCUCAACUUGGACGUCAAUCAGAAAUUGACAGAUUUAAUGAAAGGAGAACAUCUUACACCGGAGUAUCUAAAGAUCAAUCCUCAGCACACUAUCCCCACAUUAGUGGACGACGAUUUCUCAGUAUGGGAGUCGAGAGCCAUAAUAACCUAUUUGGUGAACAAAUAUGGUAAAGAUACAGGACUGUACCCUGAGGAGCCGCGAGCUAGGGCCACUGUUGAUCAGAGGCUGUACUUCGAUAUGGGAACACUGUACCAAAGAUUUGGCGAGUAUUAUUAUCCACAAAUUUUGGCUGGUGCGCCACCUGAUGCGGAGAAGUUGAAGAAAUUGGAGCAAGCUCUCGAAUUUAUGAACACAUUCCUGGAUGGGCAGGAGUAUUUGGCGGGCCCGCAACUCACUGUGGCAGAUCUUUCUACGGUCGCUACAAUCUCGACCUUAGAGUUAACAGACGUUGACUUCAGGAAAUACCCCAACAUUAAUAGGUGGUAUGAGAAAAUGAGAGCCGAAGUGGCCGGAUAUAAAGAGGUGAACGAAACUGGCUUAGAUCACAUGAGAGCUAUUAUGGAGAAAUUCAAGAAAAGUACAUAAAUUUAUAUAUAUAUAAAAAAAAAACAUGGUAACGAUCUAAUUAAAUGGCACUGUGCAAUUAAUUUUCGCCACUUUUCUAACGCACUGAAUAAUUAUAUGUCCUUGUCAGGAAUCACAAA